GCUGACCCCUUCCAUUCCGCCCGUAAUCCGUGGCUCUGGAUCCAUUGAGCAGCCUGGCCCGGGCCAACACGAAGCAAAAGACACGGAUUCGGUCUGCGUCCCUGUCAGACACCUUGAAACGAUCAUUGUCGUCUUCCAGACCUCUCGAGCAGAAUUAACAGUUACAUUCAUGUUAUUAUGGUCUGUCUGUUAGCUGCGGUCAUUGAUUGAAUGCUACGUUUGAGGACCGACAGACAAUCGGGCGCCUGGCUGGUCGUGAAGUAAAGAGUACUGCUGCUUUGCGUCAAAGCCAGCUAAAGCUAAACCGUGAUAGGACAAGUCAGCAAGAAAGACGGGUUAAUAGCCACGUUACCCCCUCGGUAGCUAGCCUGCCAGCAGACAGGUUAUUUUUGGCACGGCUGCUGGCGUACACAUGCUCAGUUUUAGUGGCGUGAGCUAGCUGAACAUCUGCAAAAGCUGUCAGUGUUGUUGGUUUCAUAAGAAAUAAGGUUACAGCUCAUUUAGACUCGGUUUUUUGGAGGGUUGGUAUCUCCGCCUACUAGCUACCUGAAGCGACUUUAACCCCAGACAGUCAAAUAUAUUUAAAAUAAAGGGAAUUUCAGUUAAUUGCGCAACAUCUUGUUGAACUGAAGAGGGGCCUCAUAGCUAACAUAUGAGGCCCAGUUGAAAAGAUGGACCUGAAUUUUUAUUCGGAUUUAACGGACGGUACCGGGCAGCACGACGGUGAUCCAGAGUUCCUGGAUCCGCAGUCUUUCAAUGGAUUUGACACUGACAACAAGUUCCCUGGAGGCAGUGACAACUACCUGACAAUCUCUGGGUCCGGCCAUCCCUUCCUCUCCUCUUCAGAGUGUGCCACUAAACCCAUUGACCUCUUCAACCUCGCUGGAUCUGCUGGUGGAACGUUCCACACCCCCAGCCUCGGCGAUGAAGAGUUCGAGAUACCUCCCAUCUCUUUGGAUCCGGACUCCGCCCUCACCGUGUCCGAUGUGGUGUCCCACUUCGGGGAGCUGUCGGACACCGGCCCCUCCGACAGCGUGGUGGUACCCGGGAACGCCGUGGUGGAAGGGGACGACCCCUCGUUCGCCUCCACUUUCGUCAACGCCCCCUCACAGGGACUGGAGCACCUGAGUCUGGGAGUCAUCAACCAGUCGGGGGGAAGUGCUCUGUUGGGGUCGUCGCUGGGAAUGGACCUCGGUCAUCCCAUCGGCUCUCAGUUCAGCAGCUCGUCCCCGGUCACCAUCGACGUCCCGCUGGGUGACAUGAGCCAGGGCCUGCUGGGCUCCAACCAGCUGACCACUAUCGACCAGUCGGAGCUCAGCGCCCAACUGGGGCUGAGCUUGGGAGGCGGGAACAUGUUGCAACACCCCCAGUCGCCUGAUAACCCUCUGUCGGCCACGGCGUCGCCCACCAGCUCGCUCCAGGACGACGACAUGGAUGACUUUAGAAGGAUAGGACAGAUAGACUGGAAAGGGGGAGAGAGAGGGGAUGACAUGCAGCAAAGGGCCACAGGUUGGAUUCAACCCCCGGUCGCUACCUUAAGGACUCAGCCGUGUUACAUGAGUUGCCCGUCCUACCAGAGCGUCCUGGUGGAAUCUCCGGUCUCUCUCGCCGUCUCUUCCGGAGUCAUCUCCCUCGACCCGUCCCUGUCCGAGUCUCCGCUCUCCGCCCCCACCGCCAGCGUCCCUCCGGCUGUCCGGAAGAAGAAGAAUAGUAAUAACAAGAAAGACCCCAACGAGCCUCAGAAACCUGUGUCGGCCUACGCUUUGUUCUUCAAGGACACACAGGCGGCGAUUAAGGGACAAAACCCCAACGCUACCUUUGGAGAAGUUUCUAAGAUAGUGGCGUCCAUGUGGGACAGCCUGGGGGAGGAGCAGAAACAGGUUUACAAAAGGAAAAACGAAGCUGCAAAGAAGGAUUACCUGAAGGCACUGGCAGAGUACAGAGACGGACAGCUUUCUCAGGCCCCUAUAGAAGUCAUGGACACCUCCCCGUCGCCCCCAUCGCCUCCGCCUCCAGCCUUGGCUGCCGCUGCCAUAGCAACAGCCGCCUCCAGCCUCGCCGCUCGCACCACCAGGUCGCAGCAUUACAACCCCGAGGAGAACACCAUCACCAACAUCUGCACCUCUAACAUCAUCCUGGACCUGCCUCAGGUCACCACACGCUCCCGCACCGGCGCCAACAAACCCCAACCUCCGCCCGCUCCCCCGCCGAACCCCCCCACCGUCACCAAGAUCAUCAUCAAACUGACGGCCGCCUCCUCGCCACGCCAGCCGCCACCGCUGCAGCAGAUGCAGAGCACCCCUCUCCCGCCUCGGCUGCAGCAGAUGGUGCACGCCCAGGCCCCUCCACCUCUACAGGCCAAGCCGCGAGGCGCUGCCACAGCUCCGCCGCCGCUGCAGAUCAAGGUCGUCCCAUCGUCGCGGCAGUCGGAUUCAAGCGCGCCGAUCAUUGUGACGUCGGCCGGUGAAGCGCCCACGUCGGGUCUGACGGUGGAGAUGGGACAGUCGGCUGAUGUGAUGACGGAGGGAGAGGAAGUGGCGGAGGCAGAGGAAGGGAUGGAGGUUGAGGUGAACGUUGCCACUGUCCCGAGUGUGUCUCCCGCCGCCAGCCGUAACAUAUGCGUGCGCGCCGGCUGCACCAAGCCCGCCGUGGAGUGCAAAGACUGGGACAAGGAGUACUGUAGCAACGAGUGUGUCGCCACACACUGCAGAGAUGUGUUCAUGGCCUGGUGCGCCAUCCGAGGGCAGAACUCCACCACGGUUGCAUAGGGAGAGGACGAACACAGAGACACAUGAGAUGCAAACGGAGGAAUGAAACGAAUGAUCAGGCUCAGGUAUCGGCACAUAAUGGUCUGUUGUAUCGAGAACCAGGAGGGGGACGGUCACGGGAAAGUAUUUGAAAAUCACUACAAUGUACCGCUCUGCGGCGGACACGUUCACUCCAGCCGAAAACCUAACUUGGGAGACGCUGCGGCGGGAAAGACGGCUCGGUACAAGGACAUGAUGCUGAAGAUAAAGCAGAAGAUUAAUCAUCUAUUGUAAAAAGUAUGGACUUGAUAAAAACAACAAAAAAAAGUUUUAUAUGAACCUACGGUGUUAUUAAUUGUUUUGAGAAAAGAAAAAGAAAAAGUGCAGAAAGGAAAUCAUGAGUUUCUUUUUAUUCAUUUUUAAAAUUCCACUUCAAAUCUGUACGCUCUUCCCUUUACUGUUACUUUGGGGAUUCAUUGAUUGUUCUUCGGUAAUGUGUAGCGGGUGCUUUAGAGAUUCUACGUACAAACCAGCAACAACUGGGCAAAGCACAAACGAUCUUAACGAUAGUUUGGAGUCAUACAAAAAAGGGUAAAAUGCCAUUUUGUGACGACGUGGAGAGGAAUCUGCAGUUCAUCGCCUCUUUAAGCCACGUUGGGAGGGAAAUAAGCUACAGUCACGCAAAGGAUUUGAAUUAAAACUUUGAAUACAGGUGCUAAAAUCCAGGAGAAGAAAAAUAACUCUGUUCUCCACUGCUGCUGAAAUACCCCCGCAACACAAGAGCUUUUUAAAUAUGUGGUGCAUAUUGUGUUUAAUCAACAUCUGUGGUGAACAAAUAUUGGGACUGAAAUAAACACACCAGCUCAGACAACACUACUGUAAGGGGAAAGGGAAAACUAUAUGAAGAAGCUUUACUUUAUAACAUAACAGUGUUUAAUUUAAGAACAUUUGCUUUCAGGUCUGUUGAAUAAUCAAGGAAGGGAAUGGUUGCUUCCAAAAAAAAAACUGUUCCCAGUCAGAUGAAAUGCAGUAAUCUGGUCUGGUUUAUUGUAGAUAUCCUGGAAAUGUUUUUAAUGGUGAAAUAAAAUAUUUUAUGUUUUAAUAUA